AUCUUCUUCAUCUUUUUCCACUCACCUUCCCAAAAUCCAAAUUCCCUCCCUAUAUAAAUCCCUCCAUUUCUCAUUUUCAUUUCCAAAGAUUCUCAAUUUUAUCAUAUAAUUAUUAAAUAUGGCCGCAAACUCCAAUAAUAUGAUUAUUCCAAUUUCCCCAAGAAAGCUUCGAUCUGAUUUGUACUCUUACUCUCACAGUGAGGAUUAUUCUAAAAUCCCAUUAGUUAUCAGUGUUGUUGCUUCUUUGAUCGAGAGAAAUAUGGCCAGAAACCAUCGUAUUGCCAGAAACUACACGUCGUCUAAGGGUGCUGUUGUUUUCGAUUGCCGUGACGAGGCCCCCGACAUGUCCAUUCAGUGUUAUUUGGAGAGGAUAUUUCGUUACACCAAAGCUGCUCCUUGUGUCUACGUUGUUGCUUAUGUUUAUAUUGAUCGAUUUUGCCAACAGAAUCCUUCCUUUAGGAUUACUCUUAGAAAUGUUCAUCGUCUUCUCAUCACUACCGUCAUGGUUGCUUCUAAAUAUGUCGAGGACAUGAACUACAGAAACUCGUACUACGCAAGAGUCGGGGGAUUGACAACAAAGGAAAUGAACCAACUAGAGAUGGAUUUUUUGUUUCUAAUGAGAUUCAAAUGCCAUGUAAAUCUAAGUGUUUUUGAGAGCUAUUGUUGUCAUUUAGAGAGAGAAGUUAGCAUUGGCGGAGGAUACCAUAUAGAAAGAACAUUAAGAUGUGCUGAAGAGUUGAAAUCUAAACAAAACCAACAAACAACAUAUAUUAAUCAAAUCGCUCGUAUUAUGUUGUAGAAAUCGAAAACCCUAUAAAUUAAAUUAAUCACUAAAUAUAUAUCUAUACACACUUGUUUUUCCUUAUCAUUAUUAUUAUAUAUAUAUAUAUAUAGCCAGGGUGUCUUUGUAAUUAAUUACAAUAUACAAGGUUGCCGCUAUUAUAUUGUAUAGUUUUAUAAUGUAGUUGGCUGUGUUUUGAAUCAUUGUUACAUUUGCCGACACUUGCUUAAUAUUUACUCAUGUAAUACGUACAAAAGACCUUUUUUUUUCUUUUCUCUUUAAUUAUGUAACUCACUAUGCUGAGAUUUUAAUAUAGUGUGUUUAAUGUAUUGAAAAGGACAAUUUUGGAGAGA